AAUCAAUUCUCUCUCUCUCUUUCUCUAUCUCCUCUCUGUAAUUUUCUCUCUCUUCAAAUCUCUCUCUCUCUGGAAUUCUCGCGGUUCGAUUCGAACUCACUCACCAGGUCUAUGGCCAUGGAUUCUAAAUCGGUUGUGGACUUAAUAGAAGCCUCCUCAGGGGUUCAUUUUUCUGGAUUUCACAUGAAUGGUCUGGUGGAGCAAAGGCAUUCAUCAGAGGUGGAGCAACCAACAACCUCUGCCACAGAAAACUUACAUAUGCAACCUUUUGUCAUAGGAGUUGCUGGCGGAGCAGCAUCUGGCAAGACUACUGUUUGCGAUAUGAUUAUACAGCAGCUUCAUGACCAGCGAGUUGUUCUUGUCAACCAGGAUUCCUUCUAUCAUAAUUUGACUGGAGAAGAACUUGCAAGAGUACAGGAUUACAACUUCGACCAUCCUGAUGCAUUUGACACUGAGAAACUCUUAGCUUCUAUGGAUAAGUUGAGGAAUGGGAAGGCAGUAGAUAUACCAAAGUAUGACUUCAAGAGUUACAAAAAUAAUGUGUUCCCACCUAGAAGGGUAAAUCCUUCAGAUGUUAUAAUUUUGGAAGGCAUUCUCAUUUUCCAUGACCCUCGUGUACGGGAGUUGAUGAAUAUGAAGAUCUUUGUUGAUACAGAUGCUGAUGUUCGUUUGGCAAGAAGGAUAAGGCGUGACACAGUUGAGAAGCACAGAGAUAUUGGUGCAGUUCUUGAUCAGUACUCAAAAUUUGUGAAGCCUGCUUUUGAUGACUUUAUUCUUCCUACAAAGAAAUAUGCCGAUAUCAUUAUUCCUCGUGGAGGAGAUAAUCAUGUCGCAAUUGAUUUGAUCGUACAACACAUCCGCACAAAGCUUGGCCAACAUGACCUUUGUAAAAUAUAUCCUAAUUUAUAUGUGAUACAGUCAACUUUCCAGAUACGGGGUAUGCAUACCCUCAUACGUGAUUCUCAAACAACAAAGCAUGAUUUUGUAUUUUAUGCCGAUCGGUUGAUUCGUUUGGUUGUUGAACAUGGCCUGGGUCAUCUACCAUUUACAGAAAAGCAGGUGCUCACUCCAACUGGGUCUGUGUAUACUGGUGUAGACUUCUGUAAGAGGUUAUGUGGUGUAUCUGUCAUUAGAAGUGGUGAGAGUAUGGAAAAUGCCUUGCGAGCCUGUUGUAAAGGUAUUAAGAUCGGGAAAAUUCUCAUUCAUAGAGAAGGGGACAACGGUCAACAGCUAAUAUAUGAAAAGCUGCCCCAAGACAUCUCAGAGAGGCAUGUAUUACUCUUGGAUCCUAUCUUAGGAACAGGCAAUUCAGCUGUUCAGGCCAUCUCUUUACUCCUAAAAAAAGGUGUACCAGAGUCCAACAUCAUAUUUCUCAAUCUUAUAUCCGCACCUCAGGGUAUACAUGUGGUGUGCAAAAGCUUCCCAAGGAUUAAGAUUGUGACAUCUGAGAUUGAAAUUGGUUUGAAUGAAGAUUUUCGGGUCAUACCCGGCAUGGGAGAGUUUGGAGACAGAUAUUUUGGAACAGAUGAUAAUUGAUCCAGCAAAAGAGAAGUGGCUGAGCUCCUCCAGAAGUAAAAAAAAAGUGGACUUUAUAUAUACAUAUAUAUCUGCUAUUUUGUCCAACCCCAUUAUCGUUACUCGUCAGCAAUCCCUGAAAAUCAGCUGAACUUGCCUUUUUGACCAAUAUUCUGGUGGUUUCUACUUUCUUUAAGAGUUGAAAAAUUUUUGACUUCCUUGGAAGAAUCUUGUUAUAUCUUAUAUAUAUUUCUUUCUUUGCACCUUUUGGGGGGUUUUUCUUUUC